AUGCAAAAAACAGUGUGGGUGAAUCCCGUGACCCAGGGUAAGCGAAAAGGGACUGGUGGAUAUGAUCGAGAUGUGCGCAUGAAGGAUAAAGAAGAGGAGGGCGGAUCGAACAGGGGGGUGGUCUUGGCGUUACCUGCCUCCGAGAAAUCUGCAGGAGCGAGGCCUGAGAAGCAGCAGGGGAAGGAGGCGACGCCUUCUGGACAGGGGAAGGGAGCUAAGGCGGAGGUUCCUAGAGGGGAGAUCAGGGUAUCGAAGGCUGGGGCGGAAGGGGUUCGGGGAAAAGGAAAGGCGAUGGAUCGAGAUGAACAGGUGGGGCGGCAGGGAGUUGGUGAUCUGAAGGCUGGGAAUGGGUCGAAGGAAGGGAUGGGGAAGCAGGUGGUCGAUCCCAGUCAGGGGAAGGUGAAAUCUGAGCCUAAACCCGCAGCUGGUGGGCAUGGGUUUCCCUCGAGACCAAAAGUGAUCUUCAAGGUGCGGGGGGCUGUGCUCAAAAAAGAAUCGGGGGAAGGGAAGGGGGUUGGAGGGAUGCAGGUGGCUGGUGGGGCGAAGGGAACUGGAAAGGAAGGGAACCAGGGGCUGGGCAGCAUGGGCGGGAAGAAGGAGGGGCUUGCGAUGGAGGCUGGUGUGAUCGGGGAAGGGACUACCAAGCAGGCGGACGGUGCAGUGGCGAGGGAGAGUGGAAACAAGGGGCUGCCGACAUCUUCAGAAUCCUCACCUUCGGGACAGCAGGUGGCGUUCCGGAUGACGGCGCCGUCGGAGGAGGAGAUGGGGGAUAGGAAACGUUCAGCGGAUCUUGUAGAGGAUCUGGCAAAAGAUCCCACUCCGGUGAAGAAGUUAUGUCUGGAUGAUCCGGUGGAAGAGGCGCGGCCUCUUGAGACUCCGACUGGGGAGGAAAGUGCUGGAAAUAUUGGUGAAUCUGUUCAGGUGGAGGAAGCCGGCCUUGAGCGGCCCCAUGUAGCCAAAUGA